GAUGUCGUCUUAUAUAUGAUUGUAAUGCAACGUGCACGAGCCUUGAAUAUAUUUAAAAAACUUCACCGUACAUGUGAAAAUGUAUUUAAAGCUGAUAUCGAAACACUACAAGCCGCCAGAGAAAAGAUCAAUUCGGAGUUUCGAGCUAAUCGAAAUGAAACUGAUACUGAAAAAAUAAACGAAUUAUUGAAAAAUGCAGAAGAUUGCGAAACGUUAAUACGAACAGCAGUUAUUCAAAUGGAACUCGUCGAUGCUGAGAAAAAUGUUUAUAGAAUGAAUCUACGUGAAGAUUUAGCAUAUCAAGAUAAUGAACAUUGUGUUAAAGAUAAAUAAAAACAAGCAAACAUGA